CCCUAUAUAAAUGCUUCUUGCCAAUCGUUCCCUGCAUAACACCGCUAGAAUUUCCCUUGAGAAAUCAGCUGCUUGAGAGCCAAAGAGUAGCAAGAAUUAGCUACAGAGAUUUCGAGAUGGCCUUGCACUUGACAUGGGACUUCAUUUUUGGUGUUAUGGCUAACAUCAUCUCCGCCAUGGUUUGCCUUGCUCCUCUGCCAACUUUUUACCAAAUCUGCAAGAAAAAAACAAGCGAAGGAUUCCAGUCUAUUCCAUAUGUGAUUGCACUAUUUAGUGCUAUGCUGUGGUUGUUCUAUGCACUUUUUGACGGCAAUUCUACCCUUCUCGUCACCAUCAACUCCUUCACAUUCUUCAUGGAGAUUGGCUACAUUACUGUGUACAUUAUCUACGCAACGAAGAAGGACAGGAUGUUCACUAUAAAACUUCUCCUCUUCUUCAAUGUUUUUGGGUUCGGAAUGAUUUCCAUCUUUACUCUCUUCCUCACCCAUGGCCGACAACGAGUUGAUGUUCUUGGAUGGAUUUGUAUGAUAUUUGCUUUAUGUGUAUUUGUCGCACCUAUGGGUAUCAUGAGAAAAGUGAUAAAGACCAAGAGUGUCGAGUUCAUGCCUUUUUCUUUAUCAUUCUUCCUAACCCUGACUGCAGUCAUGUGGUUUUUCUAUGGUUUUCUAAAGAAAGACCUUUAUGUUGCUAUUCCAAAUACAUUGGGCUUUCUCUUUGGUAUAGCCCAGAUGGUGCUUUAUUUGAUCUACAGGAACCCCAAGAAAUUACCUGCUGAGGAGCCAAAACUUAGCGAAUUGUCUGAUCACAUCGUUGACGUUGCAAAGCUCAGUGCAAUCUGCUCCGAGAUUAACACAGUUGCGGUUCCACAGCUGAACGAUAAUGGAAACAAUGUCGGAGAUCAAAAAAUUAAGGAAGAGACCGAGAAAACCAACCUGGAAUUGGAUGUAGUUGUUUGAGUGAGCCUGCCAUGUACUCAUGCAUGCCAAAUACCUCUCUAGAACAUAAAAUUUUACCAUAUGAUCGUUAUAUGCACGACAGUUAGAUUUUAACUAUUGAUUAUAUUAAAAUCUACAGGAAAGUUAUUAUAAUCAAUAGUUAUUAUCUAAUUAUUAGAUAUGUAACGAUUGUAUAUAAUAAUAAUUUCUCUUUAGUACGUUUAUAUAUAAUUAACAUAUUUCAAACUUUAUGUAAUACGUUUUUUUUUUUGAAUAAAUAAAAUGUUUGUUUGAGUUAUUUUGUUA